AUGCGCAGCCACGCCCUCUUGUCCCUCUCCCUUGGUGCCCUCGCAUCCUCUGGCCACGCAGCGACCUUCGACGUCGACGCUGGCGAACAUGGCUUCUCCUUCGAGCCCGACACCAUCACAGCCGCCGUGGGCGACACCGUCAACGUCCACUUCUACCCCGGAGGCCACACGGCGACCCAAUCAACCUUUGAUGACCCCUGCUUCCCCAUGUCCGGAGGGAUCAAUUCCGGCGUGGUGAACUCCAACUCCGGCCAAGCCAGCAUGAUGUUUUCGUUUCGAGUCAACUCCACGGACCCGAUCUGGAUGUACUGCGGUGCGCCGGGUCAUUGUGCCGCAGGGAUGGCGUUUGUGGUUAAUCCGCCAGCAAGCGGCGGCAGCACCCUCGCGGCCUACCAGAGCGCCUCGAGCGGCAAGUCCGGCUCCGCGCCCAGCGCCGUCUCGGGGGGUGUCCUCGUCGCCAAUGUCGAGAAUGACGAAGGCGAUGGUGAUAACAGUAGCUCGGCUUCCGGUUCGGCCACCGCCGCGCAGAGCUCCUCGACUACAGCUACUGGCUCCGCCGCGGCGGCUUCGACAACCACGGCCGGAGGCUCUACUACGGACACUCCGGGCAGUGCCGCGAGUUCGAAUUUGAAGGUCGGGCCCGCCCCGUUGCUGCCAUUGCUGCUAUUGGCAGGACCUGCUGCGGCCUGGAUGUUCUCGUGA